GUCUGCUUAACGACCAACGUUUGGGUAGCAACGGUAAAGUUGACUAUCGGAAUGCACGUCGACAAAUUAGCGCCAUAACUUAUUUUACACGCAGGUUCAUAAGAGAGAGAGAAAAUAAUCUAUAACUGGGGUGUUUGGUGUUUGUCAGUGAGUAGGAGCUGUGAAGUCCCAACAUGGCUGGAAGGUGGGUUCGAGUUGAGCCGCCGUUUGUGGAGUUCAACGACGUGACGGUGGGACAGGUUUACAAAACUAAAGUGACGGCGACUAAUGUCGGGAAAACAUCCAAGAAAAUAACCAUUGAAAAACCUGCGUCAAAGGUGUUCAGGUUCACGUCAUCUAACUCAGCCGAGGUGGUGCCUCCUGGUCUGUGUGUUGGUGGUUUGCUGGAGUUCACUCCAAAGGAGGAAGAGGAGGUCGGAGAUGUCCUUCUGAUCCAUGUAGAUGAUUCAGAGACCAUUGAAAUCCCGCUCAUGGGAUUCCCCAGGGUUUGUUCCCUCCUAAUGGACUCAGUACUAGACUUUGGCUGCAUUGCUGCCAGCAGUCAGGUGAUCAGCAAACAUCAUGGUAUAACCAAUCAGGGAUCAGCACCAGGUGUGUUCCAUGUGCAGUACAAAGGAGACCCUGUAGUCAGACUCUCGCCCUGCAGCGGAGUCAUAGCAGCUGGCGCCACCCAGUGGCUCAAAGUGGAACUGCUUACAGACAGGCCCAGGCGGAUUGAUGAGAAGGCUCUGGUGAAACUGCAGAAUCGCACCACUGUGGUUCUCAGUAUCAGGGCUGAGGUGGUGACCCAGCGCCUUGAGGUCUUUGACCUGCAGGGGGCUCCACUGUCCUGUCUUUGGUUUGGACCUGUAUACUUUGGGACAUCCUGCGUGGAGAAUGUGGUUCUGCAAAACAAUGCACCCCAGGCAUGUGACUGGGUCUGUCUGCUCCAAGAAACUACUGCUGGGACAGAGGCGGGAACAUACCUGCAGAAGACUACAGAUGCCGUCCUACUGGAGGGAAUGAAGAAGUGCAGUCCAGCCAACCAAGACGUUUCUCAGGUCUUGAUGUGUUUCCCUAAACAGGGUCAACUGGGACCGUAUGGCAAAACCACUGUGACAGUACGCUUCAGCCCCAUCUGCAAGAGUGUAACUGAGGAGAAGAGAUGUGAUCAUUCUCCCAGCCGGCAAGACUACUGUCUGUUCCUGCUGUUUGAGUCAGUAGGAAGCAGGCAUGGCUUCACCCACCAGAAUGGUAACAGCAGUGUGGAGCUGGCGGUGACGGGCUCUGGGCUGCCUGUGUCUCUGGUGCCCAGUUCCUCUCAGUUUGAUUUCCUCACCUGUGUGACAGGACAACGCGUGGACCUGCUUUGUGUCCUGCACAACCUCUGCCCUAAACUUCCCGUCAACUUCCGCUUCCGCAAGUUAGUGCAUUUCUCCACCAAGCCCUCCUCUGGCACCAUCUUCCCUGGGCAAUGCCAGGAUGUAGUUUUGUCGUUCACUGCACGGCAGCAAGGGAGCUUCCAGGUGUGUCAGAAGCUGGACGUGUUAGGUUACGUCGCUCCGAAGGGUGGCAGUGCUGAUGGAGAUGUUACUGGACUUCAGCUUUGCAGCUUCCACACCAUCACUCUACACCUGUCUGCUGUCUGCUGCAGCGAGACCACACACCCUGUGCCUAAACUGAAUCCUGGCAUCACUCCAGCAGUAACCAAUCCAACCGGAUCAUGGCCUCAUGUUCAGUCCAGCAAACUGUCUCAUUGCCAUAGGAUGGCACGCGCUGCUGUUCUCUGCGCCAACAAAACACGGCUCCACGUACAUCGCAGGGAGAAGAGUCAGAUUGCUGAAGGGGAGGAGUUCCUGGCUUUUCCUAAUGACCGAGCCACGAGCAUCAGGCCUGCCUCUGCAAACAGACAGUACAGGACCAUCUUCACUGGCGUGCACCGCUAUCGCUAUAUUGAUACUAACUAUGCUUUGACUGAGGAAGAGGAGAAGCAGAGACAGCAUCACCGACAGGUUUACGCAGACUUCAUCAAACAGCUCAGAGAAACACGCCUACAGAAGGCGAAGGACAGACAGCAGGAAAAAGUGGACGACAAUGUGGAUAUUGGGAUUGUUCCUUCCCAGGGGCUUAUUCCGCCUGCACUCCACAUCAGUGACCUGGAGAGCAAUAAGAUCACAGUGACUAAGCCAAACGACAGCUAUGCUUGCUCAGCAACCAAACGCAGCUGCCAAGUGACAUCCAUCACCCGGAAGGUCAAUAAUCAGGUUUCAGAGGUAAUGAAUACAGUUCCCUCUACCAGCCAGGAGGUGGCAGACUGCAACAGGACUCUGACAGCUCAGGAGCUCUACCAAGUCAACAUUGGUCCAUUGUUUGUGGACUUUGGAGAGGUGUGUGUGCAGUCGGUGUGUGUUCAGAAGCUGGAGCUGACCAAUCAUCUGUCAGUGUUCGUCUGGGUGCAGCUGGAGGUGGACUGCCCUGAGCUGCAGGGCUCCUCACCUCUCUCCCACGUCCUGCCACCGCACUCCCACAACACCCUUCCCCUGAUGUUCCAAAGUAACAAGCUGGGUUCUUUCCACAGACCCAUAUCCUACACUGUAAACCAGCAACACCCUGGUCAGAUAGUGGUCCAGGCCCAUGUUGUCCCCCUGGCUCUGGAGCUGUCCACGAUCCUGCUGGUGCUACGCCCCACUCCUGCUUUGCUUGCCCAGUCAGGAUACAGGAGCUCAGUUACCCUUCGAAACCAGCGUAACCAUGCCGCAGAGUUCACAUGGAGACCAGUAGUCACAGAGAAUGGCAUCCUGUUCUCCAUUCGACCAGCUACAGGUACAGUGGAGCCAUUCAGUGAACUGGACUGUGAGGUGGUGUGGCAUCCUUCCUUCUCCGCCCCUUCAGAGGGAGAUUUUGACCUCUGUGUCCAUGAGGGCAACUCCCAACGUCUUCACUGCGUCGCUAAGGUUGGAUCCACCGCUGUCCAGCUGGCAGAGAAACAGGUUUUUUUUGGAUCAGUGCCUCUCAACAUGCCUUCUAUGAGAACUGCAGUCUUGCACAACACCGGACAGAAUCAUGCCUACUACCAGGUGAUGGAUGUUUGUCCUUUGCCAGGCAUGGUGGUGGGUACACCUGAGGGGGUGGUGCCAAGCGGGGGCCAAGCUGUGCUCAAGAUCCACUUCAACCCUGAGUCUCUCAUCAAGUUUGACACCACAAUUGAGAUAGCUCUGAGGAACAUGAAGUCCAUUGAGCUCAGAGUGGGUGGAUCAGUGGAGCCUCCGGAUGUAGACAUCAACGUGUCCCAGUUUCAGUUUUACAGUGUCCAUGCUGGUUCUCAGCAAGCCAUACCGUUCAUUCUGACAAACCGGUCAUCGGCCGCAGCCCAGGUCACCUUCGACCUGUCUGAAUACACAGACUUCUCUUUGAAGCUCCCUCAGCCCUCAUCGAAGAAGGAGCCAGGUGUGAGCGUUGUAGAGCUUCAGGGCCACCAGGCCGUGGACUGUUCCCUCAUCUUCUCCCCCACUCAGGUGGCCAGUUAUGACUUUGACUUGCCACUGAUGGUCAACGGAGUGAGAUGGCCUCCUGCCUCUCUGUCUCAUUUAUCCCCACCGUCCUCCUCCUCCACGUCCUCCUCCUUCUUGUCAGCUGGCAGCAGGAAGCAUGUCGUCAAACCUCUUCCCCAGUCUGUCACCAUGGUGACAUCCCAGUCACCGUGCAUACAGGCCACAGUGCUGUGCGCCCCACUGGAAAUAUCCCCGUCCAGCCUUGAAUUCAGCGUGGAACCUUUGACACCACCGUCUGAUGCUCACACUAAGACAGUGGAGCUGACAGCAGUGUGUGCAGACAGUGUGUUCUGGCGUAGUGGCACCAGGGAGCAUGUAAACUGGUGGUUUGACUGCAGUGCAACAGCAGUACCAACAGAGGACAGAAGAGAGGGGGAGCUUUGUACGGUAUCUCCAUCAUCAGGCAGUCUGGGGCCCGGCCAGUCCAUCUGCUUGGUGGUCAGCAUCAGCCCUGAGGCUAUCAGAACAGGCUCUGGAAGAGUGACCAAACUGUCCAUCCCUCUUUACUUGGGAGACAGAGGAGGGGAGGGAAUGGAAGGAGAAGAGAGACAUCAACCCUACCGAGAGCUGUCUGUCACUAUUACUCUCCAGUUUCCUUCUAUCACCAUCCACCCCCCUCAAAUCCUUCUUACACCGGUACCCCUGGAAACCGUUGCAACAGCAACGCUCACCCUGCUCGCCUCAGGAUAUCCCAGUGGAACCAGUUUAUCAGCUGAAGUGGAUGAGGUGAAAAUGGAGGAUGGGACGAAAAUGCAGCCUGUUUCUGUCAUCUUUCCAGAUGGUCACAGCAUCCCAGCCCAACAACAGCAUCAGAACAAAGAGGCUGGUGUGACCCCUCUAACCUGCAGUGUGUCCUUCUGCUGUGGCAUCCCUCUGUCCCUCUGCACAACCAUCACCUUCACUGACCACCUCCACAACAGGUUUAAGGUUAAGCUGUGUGCUCUUGCUGACAGCUGUUUGCUGACAGUCUGGCCCUUCAUGGCUCUGCACCGCUCCGAACAACAGAUAGUUCUAAAGACUGGCUCCACAGCUGUUGAGGCGAUCCUUCAACACUAUCACACACCAAGUCCCGCCCGUGGUCAUACUUCAUCCUCCUCCUCAUCGUUCGAUCACAACAGCUCAACAAACAAAAACUCAACCUCAGACUCCUUUCCAAACAGUGACAGUGUGAGGACAGGCACCCCAGUCAAUCUUGGUGUCCCAGAAUUCCCUGCUGCCAAUUCAGAUGAAGGAGUGUAUUACCAGAAUGUGCUAUUGGCUGUGGAGAGGUGGUUUAGCCUCUUUGGGUGGCCGAGUGGACCACACCCUAUCUCUGUACCACACACACUCAGAAGAGUUGUGUCAAAAAUUCAAACGAAUCGCUCCAGUGGACGGGCUUAUCGAGUCAUUCAAAAUAAAGACUCCAGAUCUGUGGUGGACAUGCUUCAACACCUGACUGGCAAACAGAUUCCUGGUAUUCCUCGCUGUCAGACGUUUUCCGCUGAUUUAGACCAGCGCACCAAUCAGCUGCUACAACAGCAUGAAGCUACGCUCGCUUUUCUCAGAGUGCAGGGAGCCUCCCUUUGUCACAUCAGACCAGAGUACUUGCUAGACAUGGAGGAGUUUAAACACUGGUGUUCUCUGCAGUCAGAUGAACAAGAACAUGGUCCGGAUUACACUAGUGUUGAUUAUGAGUGUCUGAGCAAGCGGUCCUGGACUGACGUGCUGCUGCAGAUAUACAAGGUGUUGGUGUUGUGUCACGUGCCAGAGCGCAGUCUGAAAACAACUCUGAACCUCAAAGAUGUAGAUGGAAUCCUCCCUGUCAGCUCACAGCCACUGGCCAGUAAUGUUUAUUCAUCCCAGGAGCUCCAGCUGCUCUUAUGGCUAAACAUGCACUACCAGAGCAUGAGGAAGGUAGUGUGGAGAACAGGUGGGGUCCCAUCAGCACGCUGGAUAGUGAAUUUUGACCUGGACUUGACAGAUGGACUGGUGCUAGCAGCUCUGCUUGCUGCCUACUGCCCUUACCUGAUCUGCAGCCACUUUCGAAGGAUGUAUGCCACGACUAGCAGCCCUGAGCAGAUCCUUCACAACAACAUCAUAGUGUCCCAGGCCUUAAAUGUGCUUUGUCUCAACAUAGAUAUACAGCCCACAGAUUUGUCAGACCCCAAUCCAGUACAGAUGUUAAUGCUGUGUGUCCACCUGUAUGAGAGGCUGCCUCAGUACUUGCCACUGCACCCCAUAUUACUCUCAGGAAGCCUGCACAGCACUUUCAGCAAACAAGUUCGUCUGAAAAGUGCCUCUGAAAAUCCUGUUAAGUACCAGGCCUUACUUUUAGGAGAUGAUGCCCAUCUCUUCUCCCUCCCUGAAGGAUCUACUGUCACUGUUCCUCCUAAGGCGAGCACUGAACUGACCGUCCAGUUCAGCUGCUCCUUCAUGCAGCCCAUGGAGGCAGUCCUUCUGCUCAUCUCCAGCUCUCCUUAUGGCCUGCACAGCACCACUCUCGCCUUCCAUCUGAAGACUCACGUCAGUCAAAUCACCCCCACAAGCACUGUCAAGUGUAAGUCUCCAUGCUACCAGCUGAAAGUGAUCCAAGUGCCCAUAACUAACUCUUUCAACAAAGAAGGAACAUUCAGGGUGGUGCUGGUGGAGUCUCCAUUAAACCCACUGGAGCCUGAAAAGAAAAAAGACAGCAUCGUUCAACAGGCCUCCUCCAAGGCCAACUUAGAGAAGAUGACUUCAGACAAGAGCUGUGAGGAGAUGGAAGAGAAAUGCUCAGAUCUCAAUGGUGAAGACAACGAGUUUGUCUGUGCAGUGAGGAGUGUUUGUCUGAAGUCAGGCCAAGCAGACACUCUGAACAUUCAGUACCUGCCCUUCUGCCCAGGCACCAAGUACUGUUCUGUGCUGCUAGUCUGCCCACAGGUGGGAGACAUGAUCUACAUGAUAAAAGCCACAGCAGAGAUGCCUUUUCCUUCACCUCUCUCUGCCAGGCCCAGUUCAAACAUCGUCUCCAUCCCCAACAACUCCGUAGACCCAGCUGUGUGUGUAUCAGUACUAAGAAUAUGCUGCCAGAUCGGGCAGUUGUGUGAGGAGGUAGUGCGUGUGCCGCUGAUCAAUAUGGCCUGGGAGCAAGCUCUGGCCAUCUGGGGUCAGAACAGCAUGAAUGCUGACGAACACAGGAGGCGAAUACUGACACACACUUUGCACAGCAGCACCGUGAGAGCAACCACAGCUGCUCGCAAGCUCCUCAAACAACAGGCCAUGCUGCUGAGAGGUGUUGAGCACAGUAAAGAAGUUGAAUACAGUGUGGAGGUUUCUUUGCCACAGUACUUUGCCUUACCCAGUACUGUUACAAUACCUAUAAAAGAAGACACCAGCUUACCAUGGGAGAAUCCUGCAGAUUGUGGCUGUGUGGACAUCCCAUUAAGGUUCCAGGCUGACUCAGUAGGCCAAUUCACAUGUCAGGUGGUUCUGAGGUCUUGGUAUGAUACCAGGGUCUAUAUGCUGGAGGCACUGGUUGCUUCACAGAGAGAAUCAGUCCACUUGGACUUCAGUUCACCAGCUCACCGUUCAGUCACGCAAGACAUACCACUGCACAAUGAGACCCACCGAGACUGGAAAAUGCAAGCUGUGGUGUGUGGUGAAGGAUUCUCCGGCCCAAAGGUUGUGAAUGUGCCAGCAGGGACAAAAGCGUGCUACCCCCUCACCUUUCACCCAUCUGCACAAUGCAUUGUCAUGGGCAAGCUGUCCUUACAUAAUGACUGCGACGGGACUGAGCACGUGUUUACCCUCAGAGGAGUCGGAGAGCACCCCCUGCCUGUGGACCAUGUGGUGUUACGUUGCCCUGUAGGUCAAACCACACACACACGGCUGGAUGUCCCCAACUACAGCCAGAACAAAGUCACUCUCAAGGUGGUGACAGACCUAUCUUUUGUAACUGCCGCGCCCUCCCUUGAGAUUAAACCUGGUCACAGUGCUCCGUACACCCUGGCUGUGUCACCAUGGAAACGAGGGAAACAGACAGGCUCUCUGUCAUUUCUAGAAAUUGAUGACACCCAAGAGGCAGAUAAACACAAAGGAAAUGGACUUGGACGCUAUGAAGUGCAUUACUCUCUAGAGAUCAUUUGUGAGCCGGCAGCAGCCAACAAGGUCAUAAGUGUUCAGUGUGCAACGCAGAGCUCGGUUACCAUAGAGAUUCCUGUCAACAACUCACAAGAGGAGCUGCUUGUGCUGGACGUGUACCUGGAAGGAGAUGACCUAAAGGGGGCCAACACUGUUUCAAUUCCCCCACGUAAGACGCUCACCUACAAAGCAACGUUCUCCCCUGGCAGAGUGGGAAAGAGCACAGGCAGUGUUCUGUUCCACUCAGAGCUGGUGGGGGAGUUCUGGUAUCAACUGGAGCUUUAUGCCCUUCCUCCUCCAGUCUUCACGCUACCACAGGCCUGCUGUCAGCUGGGCAAGUGGACCAGGCAGACCAUUCCCCUGGUUAAUCCAACAGCUAAGACUCUGGAGCUACUCGUAGCCAACAGUAACCCCAGAAACUACACACUGGAAAUGGAUUCUGGAAGUACUCUUAUUUUGGAGCCCCGCUCUUCCACCCAGCUCGGUGUCCGUUUUAGUCCUUCAUCCAUCGGAGAGGGGGACCACACAGCAAAGAUCACUUUCACGUGCCCUGAGUUGCAGGAAUGGUGUGUGUUGUUGAGUGGACGGGGCGUCAAUCCAGAGUGCGAGGAGCCUCUGAGCAUCUCAUCCGUGAUUGGCUCCAAUGCCUCCAUCACCAUUCCUGUCGUAAACCCCACUGCGCUCCCAGUCUCGUUCGAUAUCACACUCACAGACGAGGACCCGAGUGGAGACCCCAACUGCCAUCAAGUCACUACAGAGAAGGAAGUCUUCUUUAUCCCUUUGAGCCACACUAAAGGUAUACAGAUCAGUAAAGGAGCCAGUUUCAAUGUGCCCGUGGUUUUUGCACCUAACUCUAUGGAGCUACAACAUGCCUGGCUCUGCAUUACUAUGAAGCCCCGCAGCAGCACAGACAUCGUGAGGUCAGAGCAGGAAUUGUCAACCAUCUGUUGGAUUUACCCUCUCCGUGGGAUUCCCAUGGAAGUGCCUGUUGAGAACUCACCACUUGGCGCGGUCUAUUGUGAAGUGGGCUGCCAGCUGGAGAAGAAGGUGGAUAUACUGCUCACUGGAUGUGUGCCGGGGAACCAAUACCGGAAAGGACAGGAAGUUUCCCAGGUGAUGAUGGAAGACUUCCUGUGUGAGGUUCGUUCAGACACUGAAACAGAGCACACAGAGGUGAAGGACUGCCUUUCUAUCUCCGUGGAGAGUGCGAGGAGGGACCCUGAGACUGGCAUCGUAACACUCACCCUUAAUAUAGUCUAUACUCCCCUCAGGCCAUGCAGGUGUGAGGCGGUCUUAGCUGUGCAGUGUGUGUCCGGCAAGAUCUGGGAGUUUCCCAUCACACUCGUUGCCACAGAGCUUCAAGUGGAUGACGUCAUCAUCACUGAGACCACGGAGUUGGGAAAGACUUCGGCUUUGGGCUUCCGUCUGACCAGCACCACCAGGAUGCCGGAGCAGUUCACGGCGGCGUUCCUUCCAGGCAGCAGCAGUGAGUUCACAGUGACUCCAGCUUCAGGAAUGUUACCUCCCAUUGGAUCUACUGGAGCUCUCAUCACUGUGUCCUUCACACCCACAACAUACUGCAAGCACAGAGCGAGACUAAGCAUUCAGGCAGCAGACAUGCAGUGGACCUACGAGGUCAAAGGGAACACUCCACAUGACACCAGUGACAGCGCUCAGCAGGACUUUGUGGCUCGGAACGUCGGGCUUCCAGCCUUGGCUACCUCGUCCCCUCUCAAAGUCCGCAGAUAAAGGACGUUCUCACUCUUCAGUUCCAAAAAAAAGCUAAGGAUUGUCAUUUUUGUCUUGUUUCCUUUUGACUUUUUCACACUGGAGUCACUACUGCGGCAGCUUUUUUCACCUUUCAUUUACCACACAGUCACCUUCAAUUAAAGACAUACCUUUAUUUUGAAAAUGAACCAUUAUUUGGACAGGCACACAGCCACAUGGUGGCGAUGGCUUUCACCGUCCUUCUUUCCUCUUAAAUGGCUCAUUAGUCGUGUUGGUGUUUCUCAUCAGCGCUUCUAAUGAGCUAUUUUUCUGCCAGUACAAAGAUGUGCUUUUCUACCUUUUGGCAAGUCGGGGAAAUUCAGCAGGAAAACCAAUGAAAGCGUCACAGAUAACACAUUACAUGGCAUGUGCUGUAACUGACACAUACAGUCUAGUCAGCACAAAACUCCACAUGCAAAUAUCCCUCUGUAGCUCAUCUGCCUCUCCUCAUCUCCUCGUCCUCCUUUAUGAUUGGUAGAAGUAAAAUCCAUAAGGGAUAAUGGCGUUUCCUGGGUUCAUCUCAUCAUGAAAAGAGCCAGUGUCCCUGAAGAUUCACACAUUAAUGGUUAUGAUGUCCUUAUUAUGUCUCAGGAGUGCACUUCAAGUAAAAUGCCACCAACUUUGUUUUAUUCAUCCUCUCCUUUGUGAUCCUCUGUUCAAAGUACAGAGAGAGAGUCUGGCCAUGAAUCUCAUCCACCUCAAACUGCUGGUCCACGUUAUAUUACACUAACCAGGGCAACCUUGAAAUAUUAAGCAACCUUUGUGAAAAGUAUCUUCUAUUUAAUAAAUCUAACCACAUGAGCUUUAAGAAAGUUGCCCGGCGUGUCGACCUCUGUGCAUGCAAAUGUAGCCAACUGUAAAUCCCUGUAGCCACAAGACAAGUAGAAGUCUCAAUGGAUGUUUUCAAUAUUUAAAUAUAUUUUAAGAUCUCUAUAAAAAUAUCCACCCUG